AUGGAGGCCGGCCGGAGCCGCGCGCACGCACCCGCGCGCGACGCGGGCUUGGACGGAGCCGACGGCCUGGGCGCCCUCGCGUUUGACAGCGCCGUCAGCUUCGCGCACCACCCGCGGCCGGCGCAGCACAUGCGCGGCGUGGGGGAUCUGGACAUCUCAGUCCGGUCCGGGCGCAGCUACGUGUCCGCGGCGAGCUCAAAGGUCACGCAGCAGGUGGACAUUGCGGACGACGAGCCGCCGCUGAGCGUCCGGGAGGCGCUGGGCGGGGCCGGCGUGGGCGGCGAGGCGCCCAUGUGA